CUUUUGUCUCGGUCUAGAGACGCUCCCCUCCCCUGGUAGCGAGGAGACAGUUAAGGGACAUAAACAGGGGGGCGCGGGGCUGCGGUGCCUCCUCCCCGCCGGGUUACCGGCUCCGACCCGCGGCUGCUUCUCCGAGUGCGGCUCCCCGGGGCGCGGGCGCCGGCGGCGGUCCCAGGACUCGGCCUCCUCGGCCCCGGCCCUGCGCCCAGGCGCCCCCACCGCCCCAGCCGCUGCCUCCGCUGCCGGGAUCCGCCUCCGAGGGCGCGGGGAGGAGGCGGGCCGCCCGCCGGGGCGCCCGCUGGAGGGUCCCGAGGAAGUUUGUUGGGCCGGAACCCAGCCCGCCGCCACCGCAGGCUCGCUGGCUCAUCCCAAAGCCAGAGCUGCUCUACGUCGGCGACCGAGGAACGCAGCAAGCAGGCGAAUCCGUGGCCCCUGGUCCACGUGGUUUGGAGACACAAUGACACGUGGCAGCUCGUGGAAACUCUGGCUCUGGGCGGCCCUGCUGCUGCUUCCUGCUUCCGCUUCCGUGACGGUCAGGGACAAGACAGAAAAGCAAUGUCCUCUACUGAGAACAGAGGGACAUCAGUUUACAGAAGACAACAGAGACAAACUGGAAGUUUCAGGUUUCGACCUAGGUGAGAGCUUCUCUCUGAGACGUGUGUUUUGUGAAGGUGAUAAAACCUGCUUCAAAUUGGGAAGUUCGCUUCUUAUUAGAGACACCAUGAAGGUAUUUCCCAAAGGUCUUCCUGAGGAGUUUGCCAUAGCAGCCACGUUUCGGGUACGAAGAAGCACCAAAAAGGAACGGUGGUUUCUGUGGCAGGUUUUAAACCAGCAGAAUGUGCCACAGGUUUCUAUAGUCGUGGAUGGUGGAAAGAAGGUGAUAGAAUUUAUGUUCCAAGCUACCGAGGGAGACGUGUUGAACUACGUUUUUAAAGCUCGAGAACUCCGUCCUUUGUUUGAUCGUCAGUGGCAUAAACUUGGCAUCGGUAUACAAUCCUGGGGCAUUUCCCUCUACGUGGACUGCAACUUAGUUGCCAGCCGGCAUACUGACAUAAAGGAUGCUGUGGACUUUCGUGGAAGGACUGUCAUUGUGGCCCGAGCUGCGGAUGGCAAACCUGUGGAUGUUGAACUUCACCAGCUUAAAAUCUACUGUAACUCAGACAUCAUCGCCCAAGAAUCAUGUUGCGAGAUCUCAGACACUAAGUGCCCAGAGCAGGAUGGCUUUGGACGUCCUGCGUCGUCACCAUCAGUGCCCGCUCAUGCCGGUAGAAUGUCUGCAUAUCUGCCAGCCAAGCAAGACCUCACAGACCAGUGCCAGUGCAUCCCCAGCAAGGGAGAAGCAGGAUUACCGGGAGCUCCGGGCUCACCUGGCCAGAAAGGGGACAAAGGAGAACAGGGUGAAAAUGGUCCACGUGGAGCUCCAGGCUUACCUGGUCAAAAGGGAGAGCAAGGUUUUGAAGGCAGCAAAGGAGAAAUUGGUGAAAAGGGUGAACAAGGAGAAAAGGGAGAUCCAGGUUUGGCCGGUGUUAACGGACAAGAUGGUUUGAAAGGUGACUUGGGUCCUCGCGGUCCACCUGGCCCAAAAGGAGAAAAGGGAGAUAUGGGCCCUCCAGGACCACCAGCCUUCACUGGUUCCCUGGGGAUACAAGGCCCCCAAGGUCCACCUGGAAAAGAGGGUCAGAGGGGAAGACGGGGGAAAACAGGUCCUCCAGGAAAACCGGGACCUCCAGGACCACCUGGACCUCCUGGAAUGCAAGGAUUACAACAGACUCUUGGCGAAUAUUAUCUCAAGGGAAACCUUGGUGAGCAUGAAGCUGGUGGCCCAAAAGGAGAGAAGGGUGAAACUGGACCACCAGGAUUUCCAGGAUCCAUUGGCCCUAAAGGUGAAAAAGGAGAAUCUGGGGAACCCUUUACCAAAGGUGAAAAGGGAGACAGAGGAGAACCUGGGCUAACAGGAUCACAGGGAAUAAAGGGAGAGCCUGGAGAUCCCGGUCCCCCCGGUACAAUAGGAAGCCCAGGACUAAAGGGUCAGCAAGGACCUGCAGGCCCUAUGGGACCCAGAGGACCACCAGGAAAUAUUGGAUUGCCAGGAGAACACGGUAUCCCAGGAAAACAAGGCACUAAAGGAGAAAAGGGAGAUCCAGGUGGGAUCAUAGGCCCUCCUGGACUUCCAGGUCCAAAAGGUGAUGCUGGUCCUUCAGGAAAAAGCCUGCCUGGGGAACCAGGAUUAGAUGGAAAUCCUGGAGCACCUGGUCCACGAGGGCCAAAGGGGGAAAGAGGACUGCCAGGUGUCCACGGUUCCCCAGGUGACAAAGGCCCACCAGGGGUUGGAAUUCCUGGCCGGACGGGCUCCCAAGGACCGGCUGGAGAGCCAGGCAUUCAGGGUCCUCGAGGUCUCCCUGGGUUGCCAGGAACUCCAGGGACCCCAGGGAAUGACGGAGCUCCAGGAAGAGAUGGAAAGCCAGGUCCACCAGGCCCCCCAGGUGACCCGAUUGCACUUCCUCUCUUGGGAGACAUCGGGGCCUUGUUCAAGAACUUCUGUGGCAACUGCCAAGCCAGUGUCCCUGGGCUGAAAAGCAACAAAGGAGAAGAUGCAGGCACUGGUGAGCCUGGAAAGUUCGAUUCUAUAGCCCACAAGGGUGAUACAGGGCCACGGGGUCCUCCAGGAAUCCCAGGCAGAGAGGGACCAAAGGGGAGCAAAGGAGAGCGGGGCUACCCCGGGAUCCCUGGGGAGAAAGGCGAUGAGGGCCUUCAAGGAAUUCCAGGAGUCCCAGGUGCCCCUGGCCCAACUGGACCCCCUGGCUUAUUGGGAAGAACUGGGCUUCCUGGUCCCAUGGGAACAAAGGGUGACAAGGGCAGCGAGGGACCCCCCGGGAGACCCGGACCACCUGGACCACCUGGUGUACCAUUCAAUGAAGGGAAUGGAAUGAGCAGUUUAUAUAAAAUCCAGGGAGGUGUGACUGUUCCCAGCUACCCAGGGCCCCCCGGACCCCCUGGCCCAAAAGGCGAUCCUGGUCCAGUGGGAGAACCUGGUGCAAUGGGGUUGCCAGGACUGGAAGGAUUUCCAGGUAUAAAGGGAGACCGAGGCCCAGCAGGUCCCCCAGGGAUGGCCGGGAUAUCGGGAAAACCUGGAGCCCCAGGGCCUCCAGGAAUUCCAGGAGAACCGGGGGAAAGAGGGCCUGUUGGAGACGUAGGUUUCCCUGGACCCGAAGGACCCGAAGGAAAGCCCGGAAUAAAUGGAAAAGAUGGAUUACCAGGUGCACAGGGCAUCAUGGGUAAACCUGGAGAGAGAGGCCCCAAAGGAGAACGGGGUGAUCAGGGAAUUCCAGGAGACAGAGGCCCACAAGGUGAACGAGGGAAGCCAGGCCUCCAAGGUGUGAAGGGGGCCAUAGGUCCUGUGGGGCCCCCAGGAAAGGGCUCCGUGGGACCCCCCGGGCACCAAGGCCCUCCGGGCCACCCAGGCCUGCCCGGCUCUCCGGCUGAUGUGGUUUCAUUUGAAGAAAUAAAGAAGUACAUUAAUCAAGAGGUUCUGAGGAUUUUUGAAGAGAGGAUGGCUGUGUUCCUGUCCCAGCUCAAGCUACCAGCAGCAAUGCUGGCUGCCCAAGCCCAUGGGAGGCCUGGUCCGCCAGGAAAGGAUGGGUUACCUGGGCCACCAGGAGACCCUGGCCCUCAAGGCUACCGAGGACAGAAGGGAGAAAGAGGGGAGCCUGGAAUUGGGCUUCCAGGGAGUCCGGGUCUUCCUGGAACUUCAGCUCCGGGCUUGCCUGGCUCACCAGGUGCUCCAGGGCCCCAGGGCCCCCCGGGCCCCAGUGGAAGAUGUAACCCCGAGGACUGCCUCUAUCCUGUCUCUCAUGCCCGUCAGCGGACAGAUGGGAAGUAAAUGCACCUGCGGACGACUGGAUUCCUGCUUGUCUCUCCUUGCCGCUGGCGCUUUCUUAACACUAUCAAACCCACGUGAUGUGGGGGUGACUUUUUUUUUGUAAGCCAGACAUUAAAAGCAAAAAUUGGAAUCCUAUUCCUAUAGUAAUUGCGAUAUCAGCAUUUUUAGAAUUUUUCCAAAUUCAUUCCAUAUGUUUUGCUUCACCUUCAUUAUGAUUUUUAUUCAGGGUUUUCUAUGAAAUAUGCAAGCAGAUCUUGAUCCUUGGGUCUUCUUCAAGAGGAAAUGACAGCUUGUGGUUUAGGAGAUGGAUGGUGAUGUACGUUUCGUCGCCUCAUCAACUUGUAUUUGGCCUUUGAUUUCUGAAUUUUAAAGCUUCAGACUUAUCUUAAGGUUUUCUUGGUGUUUAAAUUUACUAUCAUUGCUAAAAAUUUCAUCAACUUUUUUUUUGAUAUAGUCCAUUGCUCCUGCUGAAUGUUUUGGACUACUUUUUUAUAGCUUAAGAAUUCUUAUACCAUCCUAUAUCCACUCGACUUAUGCAGAGAAAUAAAUAGGCAAUAAGAACUUUACUUCAUAACUUA